AUGCGCACGAACCCGACUGUUCCCAAGACUGGCACAGAUGGAUUGAGAUCGGUCCCGGCCCCGGAUCAUGGCGGCCAGAAUGCGCGACAGAAUUUGUUGACGCCGCCGACGGAAGGGCCUUCCCACCGCGACAGCUGCUCACCCGCUGGCCGAGAUUCUCAGGCAAUUCUCCCGGAGAGCUCGGCAGGCAUCGAUCGGCAAGGGGAUUCAGCACCACCGUCAGAACAUGCUCGCGGUAGUCGUCUAACGGGAGGAUUCGGAAUCUUGAGCCCACGUCAUAGGCUGCAGGUAACGGGACCGUCAGCCAUGACAAGCCAACGCAACGAGUCUAGUGUGGUAGAGCCACCAGACACCCAUUCAAGUUUUCGGGCACGGAUGCCAACGAGCGGUGAGGUGGUCCAAAGAUCGCCUCUGUCAAUGUGCAAUCUGCCCGAGUCCAACAUCGCUCCCCAGGUCUCGGAGCAGCUUACUUCAACAGGCGUUGCCAAAAAGCGGAAAGCAGACACAAGUGAGUUGGCCGAACGAACAGUCUCUCCAAUGACCUCUUCAACAGUCGUUGCCAAAAAGCGGAAAGCAGACACAAGUGACUCGGCCGAACGAACAGUCCCUCCAAUGACUUCUUCACCACGCUUACCAAGCCCCCAUUCCUCGUCACCCGUGUCACAUACAGCCUCCCUACAAGCAUCACUCCCCAAAUCCCGGCACAGUCUCGAGAGGACAGGCCAACAGGCACUACAACUCUAUGAUGCGAAUUUUAGUUCCUCGACUUCGUUGGCGAAUGGGCAGCAGCACCCGAUGCCCCCUGUGCAGUUAUCCCGAACAGGACCACCCGCAACAGAAUCUCAUCCUCAUUACUGUGCAUUUGUCGAGGAUUCGGUGGUACUCCGGGAAUGUGUUCAGGGAACCGAUUAUAUAAGUAAUUGGAAUGUGCACAUUUCAGAAGACCAAUGGAAGCGGAAAUCAACUCGUACUCAAACCAAGGUGGAACAGACUGGUUCUGGAGAAAGCUGUGUCUCGAAGGGCAGUUUGGAGUUCACGCUGAGAUCGGUUCUUGUCGACGGGGACGGAAGGCAACCCUUUAUACCCACUCAGUCAGACUUUCAUCGUCGUACGUCCAAGUGGCCGAAAUAUUUGGCCGUAUCGAUCAACGAGGAAUUUGACACCACCCCUAUCCCCUAUGAUGGCGUCAUUGAUGUGACCCAUUUAUUGAGAGAGGGCGACAAUCAAGUCACGAUUUCGACCUGGGAACUUGGUGAGACGUUUAUGUAUCUCAUUGCACUUGAGAUCACGUGGGUGGGGACUUACGAGGAGAUGAAAGACAUGCCGACUCGAAUCCCUGCGGCAGACGUUAUUGGGACGAUUACGGAGUUCUUGCGGAGCAGAAGUGAUGGACUUAACGGCGAUGAUUUGAUCGACCCCAACCCAGUCAUGGGCAUUAACCUGAUUGACCCACUCACGCCUGAAAUCUGGAGAACACCAGUCCGAGGCAGGGGGUGUCAACACCACGAAUGUUUCGACCUAGAAGUAUUUCUGUCCAGUCGUGCUCGCGACUUUGCUGAAGGGGGUCUAACGCGUCCCGACCAAUGGAGGUGUCCCAUAUGCAGAGGUGAUGCACGUCCCAGCUUGCUUGUGAUUGACGAAUUUUUACUAGGUGUACGGAACAGUCUCGAGGAGAACAACCAAUUGGAUGCACGCCGAAUUCUUGUCAAAGAAGGUGGCUCUUGGGAACCACUCUUUGGGUCCCCGUCCUCCAGAUACCCGUCGACUCUUCCAUCGUGA